UGAUAGAGAUCGACAGUUAACAGAACGUAGACGCCGUCAAUUUUUAGCCAAUAUUUAUCGCAGCGGUAUGUUGCAGAAAUUAGUGACCAGACAGCUUUUGUCAAUAUUUUCACCCCUUGUUCUAGUCCAGUGUCUAGGCUAUGAUCAGUACAGGGUUAAAAUGAAAAGCGAUGGCCACUCAAUUUUCUCGUGUAGUUUAAAUAGAUUCACAGAAAAGGAUACAAUAAUUAAAUAUGCUUGGAUAAUUGAAAAUGUGCCUCAAAAUGUGCUGGAUAAACUGACAACUUAUGCUAACUUUCCCAGUUUGACUGCUUCUGUAACUCUGGAAGAUUUGCCGUAUAAUUUAUUAUUUCGUAAGAUGUCGUGUAACAUCUCAUGGAAAAAAAAUGAAACAUAUUCUGAUUGGAAUACACCAAUAUCAAGUAAUACUUUGACUGAAGCUAUUCAGUGUCCAAAGGAAAAUGCAGUGAUAAAAAUGAAUGGCUAUGCUACAGAUAUAACUAUCAAGGAAGAUACCAAAUAUAUUGCUGAAAACAGUCUAUGUAAACGUGAAUUAAGACAAUGGUGCUCAGUGGAUAUUGCUGUACUGUUUGAAGAAGAGGAAGCCAAAAGAAAACGAAGGUGUUCAGCCGAGGAAACUGUUCCUAUAAUUAUGAAAAAGGGGAACUGUACUGAACGCCACCCAUUAAAUGCCUUGACUAAUGGCAUAAAUAUUAGUAUUAUGUCCUCACUCAGCCCCAACAUAACUUCAUUACUAGAUGCAGUGGAGCAUGUGAAGAUGUCAGUCACCGUUUACAACAGUCAGGAACAUAUUUUUCUCCAAAAGUGCUUCAUCAACAUAACCGUACAAAAUGAAGAACAUUAUAGCAGACUUUGUACAGCAUAUAAUGAUCCACAUAUAACUACUUUUGAUUCUCACACAUUUAACUUCAUGGAAACAGGAUUGUUUCUUCUGUACAAAAGGGAAUAUGAGAUGUUUGAAGUGUACAUAAAACUUUGUGACUGCACAAAUAAGGGUGAAAAAAUGAUAGGUGCAACAUGCAUAGGAGAGGUAGUUGUGGUGAGCGAGGAUGACUUCAUUUUGUUCAGAGUGCACGGUGAGGAUAUACAGAUCUUCUCUCCUGAUGCACAAAUUUCCAGUAAACUUGAAAAACAUUCUGAUUACUGGUCCUUUAUAGUGACAUUUCCAACUGGAACUAGAGUGUUAGUACAAAGAGAUAACUACCUCAGGCAAAGUGUUGAAAUAUAUAGUUCAGGUUAUGACAAAUCCAAUACUACAGGUUUAUGUGGAAAUUCUAAUGAUAUAUUAAAGGAUGAUGAAAAUUUUUCAACCCCACAGGAAUCAAGUUUGCGUUGGAGAAAUGGUGGAGAUAGGUACUUAAUAACUGAACAUGUCCAUAAAAGAUCAUUACAUUGUAGUUGUUUAAAAGGCAAAAGACAAUUUUGUGGAUUUGGACUUCAGGCAUACCUUUGUAUCACUAAAAAAGUUAAAGAUUUUACAGCCAUUUAUAUGAGAAGAGCAGUGAAGCCUCCAAUUAAAUGGCCUGUAUUGUAAAACUAGUUGUAGGAGCUUAAACUAAAUGCAGAGGAUUUGAUAAGAGGCAGCCUGAUACAUUUACAAGUAUAGAUAAGCAGUCUUAAUUAGAAUUGAUAUCAGAGAUCAUCAGUUUGAAAUUUUUCUGCCAAAAUUUGUUUGAGGAUGUUCUGUUUUGUUAGUUAGAAUUCUAUCAUAUUUUGCUUUACUUCACAAUGUAAGUAAUAUAUUGAAUAAUUAUGAAUAUGAAAACAAAUGAAAAUUGGUCAUUAUAUUUUUUUAUUAAAAUGUUGUAAAUGAUAUAAAUAAAAUUUUUUUGUCAGUCCUAGAAAAGGUUUAGAGGGUGUGUUAUGGAUAUAUUUGCUAGAUUAACUUUUUAAUAUGCCUGAAUUUAAAAUAUGAUAGGCUGUUAAUGCUACUUAGUUAAAAGAAAACAAUAAACAUGUUGCAAGUUUGUUGUGGCUGUAUUUGCAUUUUCCACAAAAAAGUCAUUAUUAUUUUCUCAAGUAAAAAAAAUAUUUGUUUUGUUGUUUUAAAACCAGUUCUCUAAAGUUGUCAUUGCUGUUUAAACAGAUGUACUUUCUGGUUAUAUAUUAUAAAUGAUUGUUGUACUACCAAGUCAGGUUGACAUUUUUAAUAAAUUUGGAUUUGCAUUAUAUAAAGUGUAAAGCAAUUUUUUUUAUAUUAAAGAAAAAAAAACAUUUUAUCUCAGAUUUUUUAUAAUGAAUCUCAAUUUAUUUAUUAAGUAAUUGCUUUAACACAUUUUUUAAGCAAGGUGCAUUGAAUGGAGAUCAAAAUAGUGACCACAUUUAGUUUUCAAUAUUUUCACCUUGACCGUGCCUCGUUCUUUUGUGAAACGAUCACCACACAAAACAGGCUUAACAUGCUAAAUCUAUGCGCCUUGUUCAAUGAUGCGAGACGCAACAUCGUCUAAACUUUAAUGCUCAAUACAGUAAUUAAUAAAAAUACCGUAAUGUAAAGACACCAACACAACCCUUAAAAAAGAUUUGAAGAAUACAUUUUUAAAUUUUUACAGCAAUUACUCUUUUGUCAAAAAUUUUAAAAAUAUAAACAUUUCUGUUUUUUUUUUUUUUUUUU